UGUGGAUCUUUUUGUGCUAUUGAAUAUCUGGAGCGCACGGAAAUUUAAAUCUGGAAACCCGAUGGUGGGUAUUAAAACACUGCCAUGUUUGGACUACGGGUUCCAAUAUCAAAGACAUCCGCAGGGAAUGAUUUUGACAGCAUACAGACAAUUCUUUCAAAUAGUGUUUAUAAAGAUGCAUCCUCUUUUUGGACAUCUCGAGCAGACAGUAAAGGACAUGUUGUGUACCUAGAAGUCAGACCGGAAGCUGAACAGCCAAACAAAUCAUUUAAUGCACAACUUUGUGUGUGUGGAGCAGCACACAAUGGAUUUUCCACAGAUGAUACUGGUUAUGGAACAGACAAUGAGAUAGACACUCUAUCACGACCACCCCAGAGGAAUGACGAUUCUAUACUCUCUACCUCAACAUUAUUUUCAGAAAGUAUUCAUAAUAGGAACAAUGGCAGAAAAUCAAUCAAACAGAGACAGAACUCAAAAUUAAACAGUUUGGUUUUCAGAAAUGGUUUGACUUAUGAACCAGAUCCAGUGUGUACAUGUGCAAUAGAGGAUAAUAGUGACGUUAUUGACUUUCAUAAUAUGGAAAAUAUAAGGGAAGUAAGUUUGAAAAUAAAUUUACAGAAUUCCAAAGUGACAUCUGUGGAUAAGUCUAGGAAGGUGGGCCAUGUUGGCAGAGCUUUGUGUAAAAGUUUACUUGGAAUAGUGCCAGGACAUUUUCAAUCUGGUGCUAAAAAAGCGAAUGGAAAUGGUUCAAGAUUAUGUGUUCGAGGAUUUGUACGAGAUGGACCUGCAUCAAAACAGUCCAAUAUUCAUAUAGGAGAUUGUUUGCGUCUAGUGAAUGGGCGUGAAGUCACCUGGGGCAACAUUGAUGAUGUAUUCACCAGCAUCCUAGAUAGCAAACAGGUGCGGAUCGUAUUACAAGAUGUGUCAAGGUCAGCGACUGUACCAGUCCUAGUAAAGGAGAAAGUGUCAACUGAUGAGGAAUCUUUAGUCAGACUUGUUACUGGACUCUGUUUUGAAGACAAUGAACAGUCUGAACCAGGGGAGAUAACUCAGUACUCAAUUGUUUACCUGGACACAGAAAAAUUGAAAUCUGAGGAGAAUGUCCGUGAUGAAGAUAUUCUGUAUAGGUUUCCAGCUGAUAGUAAUCAUGAUCUUCUCCCAAAUCUGCGGGGAUGUUUUGUCACCAUUCAUCAACUUUUAACAGAAAUUUCAGAAUCAACUGUCAAAAGAACAACAAUUCGUCAUGAAGGGGAGAUAAUCCAUAUCAGUUACCACAAAGAAGAGACUGGGCUGUUGCUUGUUAUGUAUCCAGCCAAAAAAAUAAUUUCAGCAUUACUGCCGCCUUUAGUAGAAGACAUAGUACGGAUUCUGCGUGUCCAGUAUGGGUCAGUGGCUGAGGCCUUUUCCUCCAAUGAUCACAUCCAGGAGCUGGACAGUUUCUUUUCUCUUUUCCACCACUGUUUGGGAGUGUGUAUGCUGAAGUCCCACACACACUCCAACCACUCUUUGGGAUAUGGUGCUACAAAAUGCCUCAGCUGUUUCAGCAAUGUGCAAUAUUUACCUCUUUACACUAGUUUUAAGGAUAAAAUAGAAAAAAUAGUCAACAGUUUUGAAGCUGCAGAUUUUUUCGACAUGUCUGACAGUUUCUAUGGUUGUAGAAGAUCUUAUACCCUCUUAGGAUCAUGUUUAUUUUACAAGGGCCAAUUAUUGUGCAAUCACCUGCCAAAGAAUGACCUACAUGACCUCUACCUCUACUUGCGGUACCAUAACUUACUGGCCCUUAGUGGCCAGGAAGGGAUGGAUCAACUUGUUGUCUGGCGGGAAGUCCAUCCAACACGCCAGUGGUAUGACCUCGGUGAAGAACAGAUGUUUGGCUACUCAGAACCGGUCACAGCUCGCUGGUUCUGGCUCAUCGUUGGAUAUAAACAUAGCCUGCUUUGUGUACUGUUAGAGGCAGGAGGAUGCACUACAAAACUUCCUGCCCUCUGUAUGCCUGAUCCGUUUUAUAUAGACCAGUGUCGUGCUACGCUGAUGCAGAUUGUGGCCCUUGGUCUCCCUGCUCACUGUGAUACAAGUUACAGCUGUGCUAUUCAGACCCUUGUGUGUCCGAUGGGGAAUAAGGCUAUCUGCCCUUCCUCACCUGCCAAGAAUACUGCUGGUGACUUUUCUGGUUCCCUGAGGAGACAGACAAACACCCUUACCAGGAAAGAUUCGUUCCACUCUGAUGGCUCUUCUGCUAGUAAUUCCAGUGGUGGCAGCAGUAUUAAGAAAGGAACACCUACAAAGAUGCGUCUUUUCCAUGUAGACUACAACCAUGGCAACGAAUUGCCACAGGAUGACCUAAAGAGCAGGAAAAUAAAAUUGACUGUUGGUGCUGAAAAUUGUCUUCUCCAUUUCCUUCACAUUGACAAAAUUGAUGGAGUAUUUGUCAGUCCGACAUUGGGGGCACAAGAGCUAGAGAAGGAGAUCACUCACAAUUUUCACCUCUGCUGUACCCAGAUCAAACAUAUGUUUGACAAAUACAGAUAUCGCAAGAAAUACUCCGUGAGAGAGGAACAUGAGAAUGACUAUCGUAUUCGGUCCCAUCCAGAUCCAAGCUUCUAUCAUAUCCGUGAAGAGGGAGUGUUGUUCCAGGUACCACAGCCUGACACAGACCAGAAAAUCCAGGAGGCUUACUGGGUUGUGGGGCGACAAAGAUCAAAGACAGAGCUUUAUGUGUGUUUCAAGGAUGGAACCCCACAAACUUUGGUGGAGCUAGCCUUCAGAAUGGGAUUUGGCCUUCAAAAUUAAAAGUUCAUGAUGAAGAUUAUAAGAUUCAUAAACUAGUCAGCUGAUUUCAUAUUAAACAUUUAUAGAUACAAGAAAAAAACACUCCUUCAAUCAAUAUAUACUGUAAAACCAUUAAUUUUUGGUGGGUGAUUUUUUCCCUUGAUUUUGUUACAUUCUUUAUCCACGAAUUCAUAUGUCCAACGACUUCAAAUAAUUACAAGUAGACUGAAGUUAUAUUUACCCAUAAAAUCAAGUGUCCAUGCAAAAGUAAUUUCUUGAAUAAUACCAGGAAAUUAGAGACCCAUGAUGUUUAUCAUUGGAGAGAACUUAUGUCUCUUUAUUGUUAAGAUGAUAGAUUAUGUUAAGGAAGAUCAAAGAACAAGGAAUUGUCUUCAGAGAUUUCACCUGCUGAUUUGUUCAUUAAGAUUUUGUCAGGUGAAAAUUUAAAUCAUUAUUAUUAAUUUAUCAGUCUGAAAAAUUGUUUACCUCUUAAACUUUUAUUUGAAACAUAUGAAAAAAAUAGAACCUGUUUGAUAUUGCCCCCAGAUUUGAUUCUGAUUUGAAGGCGUCAUUAUAUUACAAGCAUAUUGUAACAGAGGUCAUUGUUUGUUUCAAUGCCUCUGUUAUGAUUUGAAAUUGAGACCUUUGGCUUACUAAUCUGAUGCUCAACUGAUCGCACUGAAGAAAAGUCCUCUCUAGCCGAGGGGUUUACUGCAACUAUUAUUUCACCAGGGUUACAUACUCCCACUCCAGGAAAUAACUUUUCCUCGAGUUUCCAUGAAUUAUAGUAAUGCUGGGGAGGUGUGGCUAAGUAUUAUUUGCGAGUCCCUACAUGGGUACCAAUGUAACAAAGGUCAUUAUUCAUUUGAAUGCCUCAACUAGGAUUCAAAUCCGAUACCUCUGGCUUACUAGUCUGACACUCAACCCAUCAAGUUAAAGAGAAGUGCUGUCUAGCCAAGCAGUAAUUUGUGACUAGUAUUUUAGCAGGGUUACAAUACGGUACCUUGACAUUGUUUCUAAAAGAAAUUGAUGAUUUGAAGAAAAACUACAAGAUCGUUUUCUUAAUGGUCAGAGUCUAACAAAUCUUGUGACCCAAGUCCUCCAAUUGAGUAGGUAUUUUUCUGAAGUCUCCCUUAAUUUGGUUAAUGGAUGGGGAACUUCAUUCUAUUAAUAUACUUACAAAUAGUAAAUGGAAAGUGAUGGGAAAUGGAUUUAAGCUUCUUGUUUGUGUGGAUAGGCAUAUUGAAUAAAAGAAUAAUUAUGUUGUGUGCAUGUAUGUGCAAGAUAUCUGGCAGGAACUUUUGUGAUUUUGUAAACACAAAUCUCCUCUUUGUUGUCAUGAGUGAGACUUUGUAAACACAAUGUUCCUGUUUGCUGUCAAUGAAUCAAAUUAACUAAAGCAAAUUACUUCACUUUACUACCUGUUUCUGUGCAGCCAUCACUUUAAAUAUGUUUUAAAGGAAAUCUGUAAACAUCUUUUUCUAGUUCCCUAGUUGUGCCCAUUGGAGAAGUAUUCUUUAAAUAUUUUUUUACCUGUACCAGAACCGAGAACAAAAAGCCAAAAGUUUCUUUUUUCACUGGUUGGGGAAGGGACUGGGACAAGGGUGAUUGGAUGUGGAUGGUU